UUUGUUUUUCGUCAAAACAAAAAGUAUAGUUUUAAAAUUUCCAUAACUUUGAAUUGAUCAACUAUUAGUUCAAACUUGAAACUCACGUAAGUUAUAAAAAUCAACUCACAAAUUCCAACUUUUUUCUUUUCCAUUUUUUCCAUUCACAUUUCAAGAAAAUUCUCAGUAAACUUAGAUAGCUGUCUGCUAUUUACUAUACAAUUUCCAUUCCACGUGCUACACCAAAGUUAGACGAACUCUUUGACUCAAUCUUUUUAAAUUCUUUUUUUCUGCAAAUCCACGCUUUAAGCUUUUUUUCAUUUUUAUAUAUAAGUACACAAAGGGGUAGUUAGUCAUAUUCAUAGACAUCUUUGUGGUGCAGUUGACAAAAAACAAACAAAGAAGUUGAGAUUUUUCUCUUUACAACUUUUAGAUAUUUGAGGUUAAAAGGCUUUUUAGUAUCUUGCUAAAAACUUGGGAGAUGACUGUGCGAUCGAAUAGUUUUAAAGGAACACAUGUGGAAACUAUAAUCCAAUCGAAUGAUGUCGAUAAGAUGACAAGGAAGAAUUCGAUAAUCUUAAGUAACUGUGAACCAAAAAAACUGAAGUUAGCGACAACUCUAUCAUUCAAAAAUUUGGUUCAAGACUUAAAUUUAUCAGAAUGGAAUGAACCAAAGAAAAGAGAAACAGCUUCAUUACCUGAGCCUGCGAUUCUGUUUUCUCCACGACCUGUUAGCGAGCUCAAUGCUGCUGCUGUUAAGCUUCAAAAAGUGUAUAAGAGUUAUAGGACAAGAAGAAAUCUUGCAGAUUGUGCUGUUGUAGUUGAAGAACUAUGGUGGAAGGCUUUGGAUUUUGCAGCUCUCAAAAGGAGUUCUGUUUCUUUCUUCAAUGUGGAGAAACCGGAAACUGCUGUAUCCCGGUGGGCUAGAGCGCGUACAAGAGCGGCCAAAGUUGGUAAAGGAUUGUCAAAAGAUGAAAAGGCUCAAAAACUUGCUCUGCAGCAUUGGCUAGAAGCUAUUGAUCCACGACACCGGUAUGGGCACAACUUACACUUCUACUAUGAUAUAUGGUUUGAAAGUGAAAGCUCUCAACCUUUCUUCUACUGGUUGGAUGUUGGAGACGGAAAAGAAAUAAAUCUCGAGAAGUGUCCAAGGACCAAUCUGCAACAUCAAUGCAUCAAAUAUCUUGGACCGAACGAACGCGAAUCAUAUGAAGUAGUUAUUCAGGACGGUAAACUCGUCUAUAAACAAAGCGGUGUCUUUGUUGAGACAGUAGAAGGUUCAAAGUGGAUUUUUGUUCUUAGCACAACAAGAACACUGUAUGUUGGAAAAAAGAAAAAAGGUGUGUUUCAACAUUCGAGUUUUCUAUCGGGUGGUGCCACCACUGCUGCUGGAAGACUCGUUGCUCAUGGUGGUAUUUUGAAGGCUAUUUGGCCAUACAGUGGCCACUAUCACCCUACAGAAGAGAAUUUCAGGGAAUUCAUCAGUUUCCUCGAGGAGCACAACGUAGAUCUUACAAAUGUUAAGAGAUGUUCUGUUGACGACGAUGAGCAUUCGUAUAGAGUUAACAAUGAGGGCUCGAAUCUUUCUGUUGCUAAAAAAUCACCAAAGAGAAGCACUUCUGAUGCAAAUGAUCAAACAGAGGAGAAAGGAGUCACAACUACCGAUGCUGAUCGCGAAGACAAGAAACAAGAAGAUACUGUCAAUAACAAGACACAAUCAUCCUUUAGCUUUGCUAAACGUUUGUCUCGUAAAUGGUCAACAGGACACGGACCUCGCAUUGGCUGUGUUAGGGAGUACCCAGCAGAACUACAAUUCCGAGCACUCGAACAAGUUAAAUUGUCACCACGGGUGGCUAAUGGAGGUUCCAACAUGUAUGGCCCGAUCCCCUCACCAAGGCCCAGCCCGAAGAUUCAUCUUUCUCCUAGGAUUGCAUAUAUGGGAAUACCUAGUCCAAGGACACCUAUUUCAGCAGCUAACUAAAGCAACAUUUCACAUUUGCACCAGCUGACUUUGGACUACAGACAGAAGAAGUAGAUGCAACAAACUAACUAGAAAUCUUUAUUUAUUCUUUCCUUCGUAUUUGAUUAAUUUUUACAAGAUGCAUGGCUUCAUUGAGCCUAAUCAUCGAUCUUUUUCAAAGUUUAGCCUCAUUUGUAAAUUGAAGGAUGGCUUUGAUUAACAUUUAUCAAAUUUUUUUUCAUAUUUUUUGCUCAAAUGAAUUGAAGUUGAGUUGAUAGCUUUC